AUGUUUUGUUUAGACGAUUCUCUAUUCCGACAUAUUUCUAAACAAAUUACAGAUCUUACUCUUAUGAGUAAUGAAAACAAUAGUGGAAUAACAUUGAAAGACUAUACGAUGAAUAUUUAUUUAAAUAUCUUGGCUUUCUUCGAAAAUCUCAAUCAUUUGACUAUUGUGUCAUCACCCAUCAACAAUUAUCCAUCUUUAUCACUAUAUGAUUUACCAUCGACUAGUUUUUUCUCUUCAAUACUUACGAAGUUACGUAUUUAUGUACUUUCUUUUAAUGAUUGUCUUGCUUUACUUGAUGGUCGUCUCAAACAAUUAACUAAAUUCACCGUGGAAGAUGAUCUACCUAAUUUGAAAUCUUUCUCAUUAAUAUGUUACACUAACACUUCUGAAUAUGACAAUCAAGUUCUACGACUUCUUCGCCGUAUGUCAUAUCUCAAAGAGUUAACUCUUUAUCUUUGUAUCGAAAAGCGACCUACAUUCGUCGAUGGUACUCAUCUUCAUAAUGAAAUUCUUGCUCAUAUGCCACAACUUCAUACAUUUAAUUUUUAUAUCAGUAUGCAAAAUGAGAUUAAUGAUUCAACUAUUCGUCUAUCUAAUAAUGAUAUUCAGCGAACUUUUACAAAUGCAAGCUAUGGACAACUCGUUUGUACUGUAGACUAUUUAGACAAUUUCAAGAUCAUUCGCAAGGUCAUUUGCAAGAUCUUCUCACUUCCAUUUACAUUUGAUCGUCUCGAAAGGUUAUCGAAUAAUUUUCCGUCUAUUCUAUUCAAUAAUGUAACUCAUUUGAUGUUGUGGGAUACGAUUGAAUUCGAACAUGAAUUUUUCGUUCGAGUUGCUCGAGCUUUUCCAUUACUCAAAUAUUUAAUUGUUAACAAUAUUCGACCACCAUUAUGGAUAUUUCGGAAGCCUCCUCUUGACGAUUACUAUUCACCAAUUGUGGAGUAUCCUCAUCUUAUUUCACUCGAUCUCAGUUUUGCGAAUAGUUAUUAUGUUGACCAGUUUCUUAAUGAGAAAAAAACAAUUCUACCUCGUCUAACGAAAUUAAAUGUCCCAUAUAAUAAAUUGGAAAGUGUGACAGAGAAUUUUACAAGAAAUGAAACGCGACGCAAUUGUGCUCAAGUGAAGCAUUUAAUUGUCGACAAUGCUUCAAUAGUUUUUUCGGAAGAUGUUUAUCGGUAUUUUCGUUCAUUGUAA